AUGUUCUUAUUGCAACCAAUAGCCUGCGCCUAUGAGUCUUUAUGCUGCACCGUUAAAUUCCGGCCUUUCCCUACUGGCUGGCAUCAUACGGUAGUCUGUCCACAAUUUCAAAAUCCUUAUGCUUACGAUACCUCACAUAGGACGAGUGUUCUCGUGGAGCUCCUUGGGAUGGUGUCUGUGAAAGAAGCCGAAACCGAAUUAACCAACAACGCCUGGGGCGAAACUUCGUCUUCGUCACAGUGCCAUCUUGACCUCGCUUCAGCCUCUCAGCUCCCGAGAUAUGUGGAUACACUACAUAUCAUCACUACUCAUCUGGAUACUAUUAGAACCAUGCAAACAGACACUAUUCUAACUUCGAAAUCCCAAAUAUACCUCCAAACCAAGCCUCACAAUCUUCCCAUUAAAUCUCCCCAAUUACCAUCUCCGGCUCCUGGACUCCCUAAUCUAUUGACGCACGCAUUACCAGGAGCCUCUUUGAAUGGUCCUCCGUCCGUCCCUCAAUUAGAGAAUGCCGACUGGGUAGUGUAUUUUGAAGAGCCCAGAGAGCUGGUCUGGCUGGCUGGGGAUGAUUUACUCGUGCUCUCCGUCACAGCUCGCGUUGUGUUAUAUGAGGAGCUCGAAGCAUUGGUCUGGCUAUCUGGGAUUGGUUGGCCACGCACGCUCACUGACGACGUUCUUUUUCGAAUCAUCGCCAUCGUACAUAGACAGUCAAUUCACGGCACUCUAGACCUCAGGGUGUCAUUUCGCUCAACCUCAAUCCUCAUCGCGGAAUGCCUCGCAGCACUGGGAAGCAGCACCACACAAACAAUAAACCGACUAACUAAAAUCAUAGAAAGGCUAACAACCACUAUCGCCCAAAAAUAUCAUUUUCUCAAAUACCAAAAAGGCUUAAAGAACUUUAAUCUAGCAAGACGACAAGCGGAGGAAAAGAGCUCCAACAGCAGCACCAGAGACACACAAAUACUCCAAAAUCCAGCGCCUUCUUCUUUCUCUCCUUUCUCUAUAGCCGCAUACAUAGCCCUUCUCUUCACCAAGCCGUUAUAUCCCCAUGCAACGGGCAUGAUCCUUUCUAACUGUCCAGCGAAAACUAUCAUAUUUUGCACAUAUUUCCAGGAGCUCUCGGUUUUUGUUUCCAAGGGAGUUGAGACAGUCCAGGAGCGUGUGGUGGGUUUUCCAGACUCCAUGGGAGAGAUUUGUAAGGACUUGGAGAAGCUGUGGCUGUCAGCGUGGCUGUCAGCAUGGUUGGGGUUUCAGAUGGAGGCUGAAUCGCUGGCGCGCAACUCUUCAAUCUCUAGGUCUGGAGAGUGGCGUGGGGGUGUUUCUUCCAAGAUCAGGCAUCGAAUUUCGUUGCAACUGAGCCAUGUUGGGCGCGGGUUUGCGUCUCUCUGGCCUCUAGCAUUGAACUCAUCUUUUAACUCCACAAAUGCGUGUCUCUCCACAGCUGUGCGCUUGAGUUCAAGCCCAGGAGCGGUCAAAGAUAAUCAAAUAUGCUCCAUCUGGACGGAAUCAUGGUGCUGUCUUUCCGGAGUUUUUUCCUUGGCUGGGGCGCAUGAUGAGGAGCGAAGGAUGGAGGUUAUCGAAGACUUGACUUCAGGGAUAGAAGUUCAAGAUCCGUGCCAAUAUCUUGACAUUAACCAAAAGAACAAGACGAUCCAAAAAAAAGCAGCCAUACCCAACAACUUCUCUACCCUUUCCAUUAACCCCACCACGCCCUUUUCAUUAGCCUCACCCCACCCUCCCCUUGACCCACUGCACAAAACACCGAUCCCCAUCCGCCUAAUCGACCCACCUAUAGCCUCAAUUCCAUAUUGCAUCAGCGCCUUAGCCUCUCUAUCGCGGUUCAUUCUUUCCCAUUACGAAAUUCAUUCCUCAUCUAGGGCGGCGCAUGACAACGUUCGAACAACCCGUUUUGUUGAAAUCCCCAAGAUUCGCGGUGUAAGCACGGAAUGA